AUGCCGCCGAAGCAGGCCGCCGCGCCUUAUGCGGUCGAUGAGCGCGUCUUUUGCUUUCACAUGGACAUGCUGUAUGAAGCACGCGUCUUGGAUGUUCAGCAGGUGACUGGGACUGCCGCUGCUGAUGGCCAGCGCUGGCGCUUCCGCAUCCACUACAAGGGCUGGAAGAACACCUGGGAUGACUGGGUGCCCGCCGACCGCGUCCGCAAGUUCAACGACGAGAACCGCGAAUUAGCGGCACAGCUGCGCGACCAAGCCCGGCUUCUGCAGCAGCAGAAGAACGCCAAGGCCAAGAAGCCUGGACAGGGCCCUGGCGGUCCAGGUGGCUUGGGCGGUGGCGGUGGCCGGUCCAGUCUGACAGCCGCAGCGGCUGGUAUCGUUGGCGGCGGUCCUGGUGGGUCGGGCAGCUUUGGUGGUGGUGGCAGUGGUACGGGCACAGCAACGCCUGGCGAGCGCGGUGGUCUGAAGAACGGACAGGCGCUGGUUCCCUGGCACACGCACGCGGCCCACGGCGUCAACGGGACUACGACCUUGAACAUGUGA